CCCAGUCAGCUCACCUUGCACACUGUGGAAGCUUCAUUUUUUCGCUCUUUGCAAUAAAUCUUCCUGCUGUUCACUCUUUGGGGUCACACUGCUUUUAUGAGUUGUAACACUCACUGUGAAGGUUUGCAGCUUCAUUUCUGAGGCCAGCAAUACCACAAACCCACCGGGAGGAACGAACAACUCCAGACACGCCGCAUUAAGAGCUGUAACACUCACCACUCACCGUGAAGGUCUGCAGCUUCACUCCUGAGCGAGUGAGACCACGAACCCACCAGAAGGAAAAAACUCCGAACACAUCCGAACAUCAAAAGGAAAAAACUCCAGACACAUCACCUUUAAGAACUGUAACACUCACCGCGAGGGUCCACGGCUUCAUUCCUGAAGUCAGUGAGACCAAGAACCCACCAAUUCUGGACACACUUUCACCUGGAAGAACGCUAAGUAUUCCAUUACAGAACACUGAGCUACAAGCAACAACUCUGAAACAAUGACCUGGUUUAAACCAUGAUUUAUGGCUUACUUUACAGGGAGGCUGGAGGCAUGUGGUUGAUUCAGCAAUUCAGCCAUGUCCAUCUUUGCUCUCCAGUGUCCCCAGCACUCUAGUCUUUCCUCAUGCUUGUCACCUCGUGAGUACCAGAUGCUGCCAAUAUGGCAGGCUCCACAUUUUUUCUUUCAGACGUUGUUUCGUUCUUGUCACCCAGGCUGGAGUGCAAUGGCGCGAUCUUGGUUCACUGCAACCUCCACCUCCCAGCUUCACGCAGUUCUCUUGCCUCAGCUUCCUGAUUAGCUGGGAUUACAGACACGCACCAUCAUGCCCGCUAAUUGGCAGGCUCCACAUUUCUUAUGCCAGCCAUCUCAAAGGGGGUAGGGGGUCAAGGGUUUUCUUUUCAGGAGGGUUUGUAUUCCAUCCAGUUGGGAAACCCUUUCACAUCUCACAGACCCAGGUUGCAUCACAAACCCUAGACCAGUCACUGGGGAGGGGAAUGAGAUUACCGUGACCUGGUUAGAGUGAUCACGUUUCAUCUAAGGAAGUAGGCACACACGUCCCCUUCAGGAAAUACAGAUAAGCAGGGAUGGGUGAGGUAGUAGCUGUUGGACAGCAAUGAACAGUGCCUAACUCAAGUUUAGUAGACAUGAUGCACAAAAUGGAAUAUUUGUAGGUUGUGUAGUAAUCCAACUUACAAUAUUGUUCUUUUGAGAAAAUGUGUUCUUAGCACCAAAGAGAACUUUUGGGAAACAAUACUUGAAUACAAUCCAAAAUGCAUGGAGUGAAAUUCAUACAUUUAUCUUUCAAAGUAUACUUAACAUAAUUCCAUCUUUCUUGGGCCCUUCAGGAGGUAUUCUUAGAAUCUUCUAGUUUGAGAAUCAGAAUCAGGCUGUGCCUGGUGGCCCAUGCCUGUAAUCCCUGUACUUAGGGAGGCCGAGGUGGGCGGAUCACUUGAGGUCAGGAGAUGGGGUUGCAGUGAGCCAAGAUAGUGCCACUGUACUCCAGCCUCGGCAGGGCAAGGUCUUAAAAAAAAAAAAAAUCAAAUGUGAACAUAGACUGUUAUUAAAAUCAAACCAACAAUCACAUAGACUGUUUACUAUUUUUUAAAUAAACUUAGAAAUUAUCAUUUCUAGUCUUAAGGUUGAAACUUACCUUUGUUUUAUCUGAGUUCCUUCCUCAGGAAAGGACCUCCAGAGCCUCUCAAAAAGUAUCAAAAAACUGAAACUCACCAUAUCACCGCAUUCCAGACAAUGAGAUGCCAAGCCCCUCAUGCAUCCCCAUAGCUUCCUUCCCCCUCCCGAGUUCCUCUUUUCCCAUACAUUGUUACAUUGCUUCCCUGCAACUGUAUAAACCCUUAAUUUUAGUUGGUCAGGGCAAUGGAUUGGAGACUGAGCUCCCAACUCCCUGAAUGCAGCACCCUACUAAAGCCUUCUUCCUUGGUGGUAAUGGUUGUCUCAGUGAUUUCUGUGAGGGGGCAGCGGGUCCUAGAACAAAACCCUGGUGCUCUGGUGACAUUCCAUUGUAGAUAUUUAGAAGGAUGGUUAACAGAGUUUACCUGUUAAUUUGUUCUGCUAUCCUCACAAAAAGUGGUAUUGCCAGCUGCACAUAAAUAUUUGAUUCAUCCACCCGCCCCCGUUCACCAUCCCCCCGACCCCAGCCAUGAUGGCACAGGGAAACUGAGGUCGCAGGUGAGCAGCAGACCGCGUCUGGACUCCACAUCCCGCGCUCAUCCUGCUCCACGGCAGGAAGCUCGUUCAACACACAUGCACUGCGUGCCCAUGUGGGUGCCAGGCUGCGGCUGUGUCCUGGGCAGGCAAGGGGACCUAGGGAAGAUGCAGGUCCAGGGGGGUGGGAAAGUAGGGGCAGAAAACCAAGAUUCUCACAGCCCUGCAGUGUGGAGUAAGAGAGAGCUCAUUACACCUCUUGUCAAAGGAACAAAGGAUCCCCGCCAGGCCCCUCUUGUGCACCCAGCGGUCCCCCCAGGCGCCUUGGAGACCCGGCCGGGCCCGUCGCCGGCCUCCAGCCACAGGCGUCGCUGUGCGCUCGCGCGGGCCCGGGAGCCGCGUUCCGCCGGGAGCAGGCGCUGGCGCAGAGCAGGGGUUUCAGUUUCUGGCGCGAACUUCCGCCGUUCCGAAGUUGCACGGUGAAUUGGCGCUAUGUCUGGGGACAGCAGCGGCCGCGGGCCAGAGGGCCGGGGCCGGGGCCGCGACCCGCAUCGGGAUCGCACCCGCUCCCGCUCCCGCUCGCGGUCCCCUUUGUCGCCCAGGUCCCGCCGUGGCUCUGCGCGGGAGCGCAGAGAGGCCUCACAGCGCCCGAGCCUGGAGGACACAGAGCCGUCGGAUUCCGGGGACGAGAUGGACCCGGCCAGCUUGGAGGCGGAGGCCGACCAAGGCCUGUGCCGCCAGAUCCGCCAUCAGUACCGGGCGCUCAUCAACUCCGUCCAACAAAACCGUGAGGACAUACUGAAUGCCGGCGACAAAUUAACAGAGGUCCUUGAAGAGGCUAACACUCUGUUUAAUGAAGUGUCCCGAGCAAGAGAAGCAGUCCUGGAUGCCCACUUUCUUGUUUUGGCUUCAGAUUUGGGCAAAGAGAAAGCAAAGCAGCUGCGCUCAGACCUGAGCUCCUUUGACAUGUUAAGAUAUGUUGAAACUCUACUCACACAUAUGGGCGUAAAUCCGCUAGAAGCUGAAGAACUCAUCCGUGAUGAAGAUAGUCCUGAUUUUGAAUUCAUAGUCUAUGACUCCUGGAAGAUAACAGGCAGAACAGCAGAAAACACCUUUAAUAAAACCCAUACAUUCCACUUUCUGUUGGGUUCAAUAUACGGAGAGUGCCCUGUGCCAAAGCCACGAGUUGAUCGUCCAAGAAAAGUUCCUGUGAUACAAGAGGAGAGGGCAAUGCCUGCCCAGUUAAGAAGAAUGGAAGAAUCUCAUCAAGAAGCAACAGAGAAAGAAGUAGAAAGAAUCUUGGGAUUGUUGCAGACAUAUUUUCGAGAAGAUCGUAAACAGAGUCUCACUCUUUCGCCCAGACUGGAAUGCAGUGGCACCAUCUCAACUCACUGCAACCUCCACCUCCUGGAUUCAAGCAAUUCUCCUGCCUCAGCCUCCUGAGUAGCUGGGAUUACAGGCGCACACGCCACCACAUCUGGCUAAUUUUUUUUCUGUAUUUUUAGUAGAGACAUUGUUUCGCCAUGUUGGCCAAGCUAGUCUUGAACCCCUGACCUCAGGUGAUCUGCCAGCAUCGGCCUCCCAAAGUGCUGGGAUUACAGGCGUGAGUGCCAUGCCCAGCUGGAUGAUUAAGUUCUUUAUAGCAUUUUACUCUUGUAUAAAUUGCUGAAGUAAAAAAUCUUAGUAUGUAAUUUUGUGCACUUACAUUUGUAUUUCUGUAGCACAGCUUCUUAGAGGUGGUUUCCAAGUCAGUGGGCAUACAUGUUUUUAGUAGAGAUGCCAAAUUGGCCUCCAGAAGGGUUGGAUUGAUUUGCACUCCUGCAGCAGGAUGAGUACACAUCCUUUCUUUGUCUCUGGCUAACGCUAGAGUGUACUGAUAUUAAUGAUAAG